AUGUCUUCCUCGCCCUCUCUGCGUAAGAGGGGCGGCAAGAGAGAGGAAACUCCGGUGCCCUCUGACCGUUCUCUUACUCCUUCAGCUUCUAAAUUGAGUGCUACGCCGCGCUCAGAAUGGGACUAUCGGCUGGCCAUUACCAUUCUGACAGUGCUGGCUUUUAUUACCCGGUUCUACAAGAUCUCCUAUCCUGACCAAGUCGUUUUCGAUGAGGUGCAUUUUGGAAAGUUCGCUUCUUACUACCUCCGACGGACCUACUUCUUCGAUGUUCAUCCCCCUUUCGCCAAACUCCUGCUGGCCUUCACCGGAUGGCUAGUCGGCUACGAUGGCCACUUCCUGUUUGAGAACAUCGGGGAGUCCUACAUUGAGAACAAGGUCCCUUACGUCGCCCUCCGUGCUAUGCCCGCCGCCCUCGGUGCCCUCACGAUCCCCGUGAUAUUCCUGAUUAUGUGGGAGUCUGGCUACUCCCUGCCGGCAUGUGUCUUGGCCUCGGGACUUAUCUUAUUCGACAAUGCCCACGUUGGCGAGGACCGAUUGAUCUUGCUGGACUCGACUCUAGUCAUUACCAUGGCCCUGAGCAUCCUGUGCUACAUUCGGUUCUACAAACUGCGCCACGAGCCUUUUGGACGCAAGUGGUGGAAGUGGCUUCUUCUGACCGGCGUGUCGUUGAGCUGCGUUAUCUCCACCAAGUACGUGGGCGUCUUCACCUUUGUUACUAUCGGCUCGGCUGUCAUGGUUGAUCUGUGGAACUUGCUGGACAUCCGGAGACAAGGCGGCGCCCUGAGCAUGUUUGAAUGGAGCAAGCACUUUGCGGCCCGCUUCUUCUCUCUCGUCGUUAUCCCAUUUUUCUUCUACCUAUUCUGGUUCCAGGUUCACUUUGCGAUCCUGACACACUCCGGUCCCGGUGAUGACUUCAUGACGCCUGCCUUCCAGGAGACACUGAGUGACAACGCCAUGUCUGCGCAGUCGGUCAGUAUCGAGUACUUUGACUCCAUCUCUAUGCGCCACAAGGACACAAAGGUUUUCUUGCACAGUCAUCCCGACACCUACCCCCUACGCUACGAUGAUGGUCGUAUUUCCAGCCAGGGCCAGCAAGUGACCGGAUACCCCUACAACGAUACCAACAACCACUGGCAAAUCAUUCCCACAGUUCCUCUGGAUGAGAACGAUGAGAAGAGCCGCAAGGUACGCAACGGCGAUGUUGUUCAGCUUCGUCACGUGGCUACUGAUACCAUUCUCCUCACCCACGACGUUGCCUCGCCUUAUUAUCCUACCAAUCAGGAGUUUACCACCGUUUCGCAUGAACUCGCUGAUGGAAAGAGGCACAACGACACACUGUUCGAGAUCAAGGUUGAGCAUGGCAAAUCUAAGCAGGAAUUCCGCACAUUGUCUAGCCAGUUCAAAUUGGUUCACGUACCUACCAAGGUCGCGAUGUGGACUCACACGACUCCUCUGCCUGACUGGGCUUUCAAGCAAGCCGAGAUCAAUGGUAACAAGAAUGUCUUGCAGAGCAGCAACAUCUGGUUUGUGGAAGCUGUUGAAUCCCUGGAAGAGGAUAGCCCGCGCCUCAAGAAGGAAGAGCGCAAGGUCAAGCAUCUGCCUUUCUGGAGAAAGUACCUCGAGCUGCAGCGCGCCAUGUUUUUCCAUAACAACGCCCUGACCAGCAGCCACCCUUAUGCCAGCGAGCCGUUCCAGUGGCCUUUCCUUCUGCGCGGUGUCAGCUUCUGGACCAAGAACGACACCCGUGAGCAGAUUUACUUCCUGGGUAAUCCCGUUGGAUGGUGGAUCUCUAGCAGUCUUUUGGCCGUGUUUGCCGGUGUUAUCGGUGCUGACCAAUUGUCUUUGCGUCGCGGUGUUGAUGCUGUUGAAGAAAUCUGGGGCACGGGCUCCCGGUCCCGCCUGUACAACAGCACGGGCUUCCUGUUCCUCUGCUGGGCCGCCCACUAUUUCCCCUUCUGGCUAAUGGGUCGUCAACGUUUCCUGCACCACUACCUCCCGGCGCACGUCGCCUCAGCACUUGUAACGGGCGCCCUGAUCGAAUUCAUCUUCAACAUCCAGCCAAUUUCCGUCCCAGCAACUAUCCCAGUCGGCGUGGAUGACCCUACAGGCAAGGCAAAGGUCCGCCGCUUCGUCACCGCUAGAGAGCGCAUGGGCGUCAAGUCCCUUGUCGCCGGUUGGAUCGCGUCCCUGACCAUCCUGGCCGCCACCAUCUGGGGAUUCUGGUUCUUUGCUCCCUUGACCUAUGGAACGCCUGGGUUGGAUGUUGCCCAGGUUAACGCCAGGAAAUGGCUUGGCUAUGACUUGCACUUUGCGAAAUAG